CCGAAAAGGUCCCCUGGGCCCACAGUGAACUAAUUUGGGCCUGUAUUUAGAAUCACGAAAAGCGCCGCCACAUUGUUUCUAUCGUCUGCAGAGAUGCUGAAAGCAUUGGGUGCACGUGCAGUGCUAUGCUCGAACUCUUCUUCCACUAGUGUAUGCUGAAUGAAUCAAUGAAUGAAGUGUUGUAAGUAAGAUGAGUUCUGCGCCGGCAUCUCGCAAGUUCGUUUCCGUGGAAGGCUCAGACAUACAUUCCAGAAGUAAACCUGAUGGCUUCAGAUUCAGCCUUGUUUCGUAUAACAUAUUGGCGCAGGUUUAUGUGAAGAGCUCGCUGUUCCCGCAUUCUCCAUCUUCGUCUCUCAAAUGGAAACCUCGUUCAAACGCAAUUUUGGAAGUUCUCAAGGACUUGAGAGCUGAUUUUUUCUGCCUGCAGGAAGUUGAUGAAUUUGAAAGCUUUUACAAAGGAAACAUGCAGAAUUUAGGAUAUUCUUCGAUUUAUAUGAAGAGAAGUGGUCAGAAGCGUGAUGGGUGUGGCUUAUUUUACAAGCAUGAAUGUGCAGAGUUGCUCUUAGAGGAAAAAAUUGAAUACAAUGAUCUUGUAAAGUCCAUUCCAGAUGGGAACUCUUCAAACGAUGAUGAUCACACCAAUAUUCAGACGGUCCAUGCUGAUAAACAAAAGGACGUGGCACCCAAAAAUGGUUCUAAAUCGAAUACAGAAGAUCGUGGAGAUCCCAAUGACCCCCGUGUGAGACUUAAGCGUGAUUGUGUUGGAAUAAUGGCUGCAUUCAAAUUCAAAGAUCCCUCUCGUCAUAUUGUUAUUGUGGCCAACACACAUCUUUAUUGGGAUCCUGAAUGGGCUGAUGUCAAGCUUGCACAAGCUAAAUAUCUUCUAUCCCGCCUGGCAAAAUUUAAAACACUGGUCUCAGAUAGAUAUGAAUGCAUACCUGAAGUCAUUGUGGCUGGUGACUUCAAUUCUCAGCCAGGAGACACGGUCUACCAGUACCUUGUAUCUGGAAAUCCUUCAUCAAAUCUGGUGCUGAACUGUUUAGACGAGUCGCCUCCUAUUCCCUUAUGUAGUGUCUAUGCUUCUACAAGAGGAGAGCCACCAUUUACAAACUACACACCUGGCUUCACUGGAACACUCGACUAUAUUUUAUUUUCCCCUUCUGAUCACAUUAAACCAAUUAGUUUUCUUGAUCUUCCAGACUCUGAUGCAGCCGAUAUUGUUGGUGGACUGCCAAACUUUAGUUAUCCUAGUGAUCAUCUACCAAUUGGUGCUGAGUUCGAAAUCAUCAAGGAGUAAACAUUCUUUAAAUCACCAGGCUUCAUGUUCCAUCUCCUCCCCUUUUUGGAGAUGCAAGCAAGGCUCGAGGAGCAAAUGUACAAUGAAUUAUGUCUUCAAAUCAUCACAGGCACUUGGCAAGGUGGCUAACAGUCACCAAAAUGCUAAUGUUAUGCGGGAAUCCUUGUUUUGUGAUGAAAAAUUCGUUUGAGUUUUAUUCUCAGCCAGUCAAUUUCAGAAAUUUUGAGAACAUAUGUAUCAUUUUAAGACAAUAUUUUGUUUUGUAUUUUUUUGGAGAUAAAGAUUUUUUUGA